AUGCGACAGCCUCUCAUUCUACUGGGUGUAGCUUUGUCUUUUUUGGCAUUAGUGGAGUCUGGAGUUUUGCGGAGAGAAGAACAUGAAUUUGAAAAAUGGACCAAUGUUUUAGGAAAUGGAGAUGCUCCACCACCACCAAAAUACAAGGUAAUAAUGCUCCGGUAUGCCAAAAAAGUGAUCAAUGAGCCAGAGAACCGAAAAAUGUCAUGUUUCUUCUGUACGUUUGCCGUGGAUGGUGUACAAGCAUUAAUUGCGCAGAAUUCCACAGAUGAUGAAGUAGCAGCGUUUUUGGUGAACCUCUGCGAUCUUUUUGACGUCGAACAACCGCAUGUGUGCAAAAACAUUAUCUACGCGUUCAAAGAUGAAGUCGUCUUUGUUCUUGAGCGUUCCGUAUUUACUCCAGAUGAGAUUUGUGGAGCAUUCAUUGCCAACUGCGGACACUCGGACAAACCGUUGACUCAUAUGUGGAAUAUUUCUAUUCCAGGCGGAAAACCACCAAUUCGACCAUGGCCUAAAAUUCCAGACAACAAGCCAACAUUCAAAGUGCUUCACUUGUCUGACAUUCACAUUGAUCAUCAAUACGUGGUUGGUACGGAAGCCUAUUGUCAGUUGGACAGUGCACUGGGCACAUAUGCGAUGUGUUGUAGAGACUAUAGUCAGGACUCGAUGGGAAGACCGACUAAUAUGAAAGAUAAACCAAUCUACGUACCUGCCGGUCCAUGGGGAAUGCCUUAUUUGUGCGAUCUGCCUUAUCAGACAUUUGAGUCGGCUAUGAAGCAUAUCAGCAAAACAUUCAAAGACCUUGAUUACAUCAUUAUCACCGGAGACUUUGAGGCGCAUGAUUCAUGGGAUUACACUGAGGACUUGACCCGUGAAAACAUGAACAAUAUGACUAACGUGUUCCUAGAGUAUUUUCCGAAUGUUCCCGUUUACGUUUCAAUCGGUAACCAUGAAGGUGUACCACAAGAUGCUAUGGCUCCACACACAAUGCCGGAGUAUGACAAGAGAGGUCCACAAUGGUUGUACAAAAUUAUGUCGGAUAUGUGGGCUCAUUGGAUUCCACAAGAGGCUCUGGACACUGUUCAAUACCGCGCAAGUUAUGUGGUCCGUCCUAAGCCAGGAUUGAAGUUGAUUUCACUCAACACGAUUUAUUGCUCAGAAUUCAAUUUCUAUCUUUAUGUGAACGAGGUGGACCCCGACGCAACAUUAGAGUGGUUAAUUGAGGAAUUGGUCGAUUCUGAGAAAAAAGGAGAACUCGUCCACAUCAUCUCUCACAUCCCUCCUGGCGACAACUACUGCUUGAAAGGAUGGUCAUGGAAUUUCUUCGAGAUUGUGAAGCGUUUCGAAAACACCAUUGCUCAGAUGUUCUAUGGACACACCCAUUAUGACCAAUUCAUGGUUUACUACGAUAUGGAUGAUCCAAACCGCAGACCCUUCCAUUUCAACUGGAUCAGUCCCUCUCUCACCACGUAUGAUUUCCUAAACCCUGCCUACCGGAUUUACGAAAUCGACGGUGGUUACGAAGGCGCGACAUAUGUACGGGAAGCCAUAGUGCAUAGCAACACUGUGAAAUCCGCGCAAACAUACUUUGCAAAUGUUACGGAAGCCAAUCUUAAGAACAAGGAACCAGAAUGGGUGCUUGAAUACGACACUAAAGAGCACUGGCAACUUCCAGACUUCUCUCCACAAUCUUGGGCGGAUUUAAGUGAUAAGCUUUGGACGAACACCACAAUGUUCAGAGAAUAUGUGAAAUUCUUCUACCGUAACCACUACAACAACGAGUGCUACACAGAUUACAAAUGUCGGUACACUUUCGUCUGCGACAUCAAGAAGGGUAGAAGUUACGAUGAGAGUUUCUGUGACCAUUUGAAACGAUGA